AUGUUCGCUGAGAAUUUCGGAGCUUGGUAUAGUCGAGAAAUCGCCUUUAUAAGUUUGUUUUUUGCUUUAAAAAUGGCGGAUUCAAGAAAACAAUCGGUGCAUUCAAAAAGCAGUGAUGUAAAGUUUUUGUGGGAGAUGAUUGCUGCAGCAGUUUCAGAGGAAUCAGUUUUCAGUGCUACUCUAGUAUCGCAAAUCCUGAAGCACCACUGGAAGGCCAUGCAUAAAGCUUAUGGGAAGCAGAUGGAAAAGAUGAUUCACCUAAUCGAGCUAGUUGUUUUACCGAAUUGGAGGAGUUCACUUCAAGAACUCGAAACAGAUGAUCCUGAGACAAGGGCAGUUGUUCGAACUGUUGCAGAGAACGCUUUGACGUCAUUGGAAUUUACAGUAGAUGAAUGUUUGUCGUCAUUUAAUAAUGAAAAUUGUGCUAUUUGA